AUGUUUGCAAGUGACGGGAACUCAACUGAGGCCUUAAAUGGUUCCAUUGGAAACUCCUCUAUGGAGGAAACAGAGGAAGGGGAGCACCCUUUCCUGACGGACGCUUGGCUUGUGCCCCUCUUCUUCUCCCUCAUCAUGUUGGUGGGGCUGAUCGGGAACUCUCUGGUCAUUUAUGUAAUCUCCAAACACAGACAGAUGAGGACCGCCACUAACUUUUACAUUGCUAACUUGGCUGCUACUGACAUCAUUUUCCUGCUAUGCUGUGUGCCGUUCACUGCUACGUUGUACCCUCUGCCUGGCUGGAUAUUUGGAGAUUUCAUGUGCAAAUCUGUUGCUUUUCUCCAACAGGUGACUGUACAGGCAACAUGCAUCACGCUCACCGCGAUGAGUGGAGACCGUUGCUAUGUGACUGUGUACCCCCUGAAAUCCCUUCACCAUCGGACCCCUCGUGUUGCAAUGUUUGUCAGCAUCUGUAUCUGGAUUGGUUCCUUCAUUCUUUCCAUACCAAUCUUCCUGUACCAGCGGCUUGAAGAUGGCUAUUGGUAUGGACCAAGAAAGUACUGCAUGGAGAGGUUCCCAUCAAAGACCCACGAGAAGGCUUUCAUCCUUUAUCAGUUCAUAGCAGUUUAUCUACUGCCUGUCCUUACCAUCUCCUUUUGCUAUUCCUUCAUGCUGAAGAGAGUUGGACAUGCCUCUGUGGAACCAGUGGAUAACAACCAUCAGGUCCACUUGCUCUCAGAAAGAACUAUCUCCAUUAGGAGCAAGAUUUCCAAAAUGGUAGUGGUCAUUGUUGUCCUUUUCACCAUCUGCUGGGGUCCCAUUCAGAUCUUUGUCCUCUUCCAGUCAUUCUAUCCCAACUUCAAGGCCAACUAUGCGACAUACAAGAUCAAAACCUGGGCUAACUGCAUGUCCUAUGCCAACUCCUCUAUCAACCCCAUUGUCUAUGGUUUUAUUGGGGCCAGCUUCCGCAAGUCUUUCAGGAAGACCUUCCCCUUCCUCUUCAGACACAAAGUGAGAGACAGCAGUGUCACCUCCCGCACGGCCAAUGCAGAAAUCAAGUUUGUUGCGACUGAGGAGAGCAACACUGAGAGGAAAUGA